AAAUUUAGCGAACGGCACAUGAAACAUUUAAAAGUGUUUUGGGAGAGCAAAUAAUACUAGAAAUCAAAGAUAAAACCUACAAGGAAAUAGUUUGUGCAUUUCACAGCUGACAUUAUACUAUUUUGGCAGCAAAAUGAGGUACUACGGAGAGAGUGAGACCAGGGAUAGCGCAACGGCAACUUUUGAGGGAAGCCACCAAAACAAUUGACUAUCACUUUUCCAAGUUCAAUUGCUGCUGCUGCUGCUGACCAACAAGUCAGAAAUGGGACCAUUCCCGCGUUCGGUCACGAAUCUCACGAUUUUCAAGUUUCGCGGUCUUACUGAGCUGGAGUCGUGCUGUACUUUGAUUCACCAGUCAAGGGAGAGGUCGACAAGAGAAUUUUUAAUUGUGGCUUUUCAAUUGAUUGCAUCAGCACCUGUACAUUUCUACGGAGGGGGGAUCCAGCGUGGUUGAUACGAUUAAAGGAUACCCAACCAAAAGAGUUUUAUUAGGGCGUGACUCGGUCGUGAUGGUUAGAGGGAUGAUUUUGGGAAACUUUCUCGCUCUAUUCCAUUUUGCUUCCUUUUUUUUCUAUCAUCGUGAGCACAUGCGUACGGCAAACACGCACCUGCCAUCCAGUCGGCGGUGGCCCUGCAUUAUAUACGUCUGUCUGAGCAACAAUAUCGGGCCGCAAGUCGGCUGGGCGGGGAGGAGGAACACAUCAUCACACGCUCGCGUUGCAAGAAGAGAAAGGGAAAGGCCAACAAGCCGUGGACAAUUGCGCCCUUUUGGAAUAUAUAGGCUAUCGUUCUUAUAACUGUGUUUUUUCGUGGGGGAGUUGACUAAGGUGGGAAAAUAAAGAAGAAGGAGAAAGACAAAAGACUGGCAACAUCAUCAAGCCCAAGAGAGAGCAAAGGUAUGGUAUACGUGUGCGUGGGUUGCCUAGGUAGCAGGGGCCCUUUUUAGUUAUACUGCCUGUUGUAUGCUGUACGUACGCUUAUUAUUGCCGCAUGGAAAAAAAGGAGGCGGUAUUAUAUUUUUAUGAACGAUGAGGAGGAUAUAUAGAAGCGGCCCAGACCGCCUAUAUAAGUCGGACCCGGUUUGAGCAAUUCAGUACAGUUGACUUCUACCUCCUUUGGAAGUAAAGCUGUAGCUUUGCUUUAUCUCAUACAAGCACAGAAACAUCAUGAAGAUUUUCUUGAUUUGCCUCGCCUUGAUGGCCACCGCCGUAUUGGCCGCUGACGACAAAGUGGCUUCUCCCGUCGUUAGACGACGUGUCCCAUCAACAGUCUCCGAAGUGGCACCUCCAGUCUAUCGUCGCCGAGUCCAAACGAUCAUCUCCGAGGAGACACCCAUCGUCCGCCGCCGUGUCCAAUCGGCUCGUUAUGUUCCUAAACCCUAUCAAGAGCCCAAGGUGGAUUAUCCUAAACCAGCUCCAGCUGAGGCUGUUUACCCCAAACCAGCUACUCCUUACCAGGAGCCAGAAGAUUACAAACCAGCUCCUCCCGCUUAUGCUCCACCUAAGCCACAGGAGCCAGAAUACAAGGAGAGCCCUUAUCAGCCUCAGCCCAAGCCCGUCUACCGACCUCGUCAGCCUGUCUACCAAGAGCAAUCAGAGCCCCAAUAUCCUCGUCCGGCUGCCAAGAAACAACCUGCAUACAAGCCCGCUGCACCUGCCCCAUACAAGGCCACCGCUGAACCUGCCGCAUACAAACCAUCACCUUACGAAGAGGAGCAAAAGGAGGUGCCCAGGGAGCCAUACAACUUUGGUUAUGCCAUCAAGGAUGAGUACGAUGAUUACGGUCGUCAUGAGGAGAGCGAUGGCAAGGUGGUGACCGGAUCUUACCACGUAGUCCUUCCCGAUGGUCGCAAACAAAUCGUUAAGUACAGGGCUGAUCCUCACACCGGAUUCACAGCGGAUGUCACCUACGAAGGAGAGGCUGUUUACCCCGAAUACAUCGAGCCAACCCAAUCACCUUACAAAUCUUCGCCUGCCUACAAACCUGCACCUGCCUAUAAAGCUGAGCCUGCUUACAAACCGGAGCCUGCCUAUAAACCUGCCUAUAAACCAGAGCCUUCCUACAGGCCAGAGCCUGCCUACAAGCCAGAGCCCUCCUAUAAAGCUGAACCUGCUUACAAGCCAGAGCCUUCCUACCAGCCAGAGCCUGUCUACAGAGCUGAGCCUGCCUAUAAAGCUGAGCCUGCCUACCCCAAAGAGCAGCCAGAAUACAGACCUAGACCGAGCUAUGAAAAGGAACCCGAAUAUACCGCAGAAGAGCCUGCUUAUCCUAGACCCGUCAAGCCAUCGCCCAAACAGCCCGCAUAUCCUAGACCAUCUCCCCCUAGCAAACCUGCCUAUGCUGAGCCAGUAGCCCCACCAAAGCCAGUAUACAGAGAACCAGUCAAUUACCCUGAACCUUCUUACCAAGCCGAGCCCGUCUAUUCAAGGCCUCCAUACCCUAAACAGCAGCCCCCAGUUUACAAACCCGAACCCAAGCCAGAACCUACUACACCAGAGCCUACUACUCCGGAGCCCGUACCUGAAACCACAACGGCGGAAUACAAAACCACUACUCCUGCCCCAACCACAACUACACCAACCCCCACAACAACUACUACUACUCCGAAGCCAAGCUAUCCGGAGCCCAGCUACCCCGAGCCCAGCUAUCCGGAGCCAUCCUACCCCGAACCUCCUUCCUACCCUCAUGCCAGGCCAGGCCCCCCUUCAUACAGGCCAUCUCCUUAUCCUGAACCAGCUUAUCCUCGUCCUCCUUACCCACAGCCAGUCUACGAAGGAAGACCACCUUAUCCUUAUCCGGCCGAAGAGCGUCGUUCCUACCCUGAACCUUCCUUCCCAGUCUACAGGCCCGUCUACCACCGUCAGGAGCAAGUCGAAGGAGCCCCGAGACCUCAGCAGUACGUACCAGCGUAAUAACACAAAGCUACUAAGCCAUUUAUUAACACCCCCAAAAAACAGAUGAUUUACGUUAAUAGAUUUUAAACAAUCAACUAUCAGAAUCGUGAUGAAUGAGCAUUUCAUCGCCUUUUAGUUAUUAUGUAAUAAGAAAGUGCUUCCUCAUUUGUAUUCAUGUGCCUCGAUAUUGAAUCAAUAAAAAAUGUCUAUCUUUUCUUUUAA